CUUUUGUGUGAGCUUUCUGUCGCCAAAAGAUUCGCACGGAGAGCUAUUUAGAGGAAACCCGGCAUCGAUAACAAUGCCAUUUUUAAACGUGACAGCUGACAAGCAAUGUCAUUGUUCAGAUGUCUGGCAAACAACAAAGGGACAACCGGCCCGGAAACCCCUUUCCUGCUGCCCUAGUUAGCAGCCCCCCUUUUUCUUUAUGGCUCUAAGAAUAGCACAUGCCACAAAGACAACAAGACAGGAACAACCUGGGAAAUCAUAUUUAACAUCGGCUGUUGCCCACCUGCACGGGCUCCUUGGCCUAAUGCAAAAACAGGGCGACUACGUACGACCGAUACUUUACUUACAGAAUAUUCUUAGUUCCAAAACACUUGACUUGAUUCGACAACGAUGGCAUACCAGCAAGGUAGGGGGGGCGGCCGCGGACGGGGCGGUAAUCAUGGCAACAAUAACCGCGGCGGCAACGGCAACGGCAACGGUAACAACUACAACAACAACAACAAUAACAACAACAACAACAACAACGGAAAUAACCGCGGCGGGAACGGUGGGAACCGGAAUAACGGCAACCGAAACUCGGGCAACAACAAUAACCGUCAGCGAAAUGGUGACAGAAACAACGGCUGGAAUAACAACAAUAACAACAACGGCAACAACAGGGGAGGUAUCAACAAGGGCAACAGAUACAACAACAGGGGCAACUCGAACGGCAAGAACCAUAGAACGCCUUUGCACCAAUAUGUUUUGAGCAGUUUGGGCGCGGUGGAUGCCAUUGACCCAAAACCAUUCAACGAGUUGUUAGAUGCGGCUACCUUGGCGGGGGGCUUGCUAGUCGACUCUCUUUUUCAAAUGGGACUCAAUCACCGGGAGGUCGCCCGAACGCUGGGGGUUCCCUUGAGCGUUUUGUUGCCACUCCACAACCUGACCCGGAUGCUGCUCGAUGGUACUAGGGGGCCAGACGCCGAAGGCGAUCACCUCAUGAUUGACGCCGAAGGCCAGGUCAGCGAUGGGGAGAGCAUCACGAGUUUACCGAGGGGCGGUCGGCGAAAUACGCUUUCCAGCAUCGACCAAGCGCUCCUAGGGAGAUUGCUGACGAGUAGUAUGCUCGGGGGCAGUUGAUACGUCACAAAGCGCAUUGCGGCCGGGAUGGACUAGACAGGGAGGCACAUGAUGAAUGAGACGGACCGACAUAUCAUACACCUAACCAGGACCCAAUCAGACGGUAGGUGACCUUUGGGGUAAUUGUAUAAAUUUGA